GGGCGUUAGGAAUCUGAGCAGGAAUGCGUAGUUUCGUGUUUUGAGUAGCGAAUAGACAGAAAACAUGGAGGACAAGCGGGAUAUUCAAACGUCCAGACGACACGGCAGCUCCAAAUCGGUGUUAUCUGCUGGUUCUGCCAUGGCCAUGGAGAUUAAGCGAAAGAAAAUGCGUGAAAGCUCUUUCUUCCUACAAAAAGAGCCUAAAUGCAUGAAACGACGCCCAGGUCUUCUGAAAGACACCCUGCACAUAAUAGAGGACGUUAAUUUGCUGCGCAUACGACAGAUUUCCAAGAAGCUACAGAGUACAAACAUAGAAGAGAAGGUUCAGUUUGAGACGAGAAUGCGCGAGGGGGCGUACAAGCUGCUGCUGGCUUGCAGUAAAAGGGAGCAAGUCCUCAACGCUUCCAAGAACCUGCUGACCUGCAACGCCAGGAUCAAGGCCUACCUCGCCCAGCUGCAGCGGGAAGAAGGGGAGCGGGACAGGGUGGGAGCAGAAAGAAGACUCGCAGAGGGUCGUUCACCAUGUCCUGGGACGGUUGCAGUUACUGGCCUGCGUUUUCCUUUGAUUUGGAGGGAUUCAGACCAUUUUAGUAAUAGAGGAAGCUCCCGUCGGGUGGCGGUGUUCUGCCUGAUGCAGAUUGGCUCUGAGGUGUUUGACACUGAAAUGGUCGUGGCGGACAGAUCUGUCACUGACAUCUGCUUUGAGGGACUCACUGUCUUCAAAGAUGUAGUUCCCCAGUUUGAACUGAAGGUGGAGCUGUGGAGCUGUUCCAUGGAGGAAGAGCUCACUUUACCAAACACACCAAAGAAACUUGCAAAGAAGCUGCGUAACUCCUUUGGAAGGAGCUCUGGAAAGAAGCUCUGCUCCCUGCUGGACACUCCAGAUCCUGACACCUUCCUGCUGGACAACCCAAUACCUUUGGGAGCCAAAUACAGCCUGCUGGCCUGCACAACACUCGGUCUGCCUGAUGCUGAUAGCAGCUUUCAGUCUCACUCCCUCAUUGUCUACCAAGGCGCCGAGUGGUCAUCCUGGCUUCCUCUGUACGGCAACCUGUGCUGCCGCUUAGUGGCGCAGCCGGCCUGCAUGACGCAGAGCGCCAUGAGCGGCUAUCUGAGUCAGAAGCAAAGUGUGCAGGGGGUGAACCGCUGCUGCAAUCUCUACUGUCUGCUGAGCGCCGGCUUUUUGUCCUGUUACUUCACCCCUGAAGAAAUCGAUGCUAAAGUGCAGCCCACUCUUAAUGUGCCAAUCAAUAAUGAGACCCGCAUUUGUGUGCUGGACAAACAGUCAGGCGAUCGCAAAUCCAAGAGUUUGUCCAUCAUCAACCCUUCGCCCGAGGGAUCUCAGAGUGUCGUGUUCACAGCAGACACCAGGGAGGAGCUGGAGGAAUGGAUCGACUGCCUGAACCAACACCUCUACGACCAGAGCCAGUGGCUCCACUGCUGCGACCGCCUAAUGAAAAUUGAGGUCGCAUCACCACGGAAACCAUCGCUUUUCCUCGCCAAGCAGGCCGACUCUGUUUACAACGACCUCAGUAUAAAUUCGCCCAACAAGUUUGAGAGCAUCACAGACAUAAUCCACAGUAAAAUCGAAGAGACAGAUGGCCGCUUUCUGAUUGGGCAAGAGGAGGAGAGGGAGGCCCCUAACUGGUCCUCUCUGUUCGAUGGGUCCCACUCGGUGGUGGUGGAGAAGAGUCUUCUGUCCCAGAGCAGAACCUCCACCCCCUGUUCAAGCCCCAGCACUGGCUCCACGCCCCUGGGCAACAAAAAGCGCCGCGCUCCGCCCCCUCCUUCUGACGUGAAGCCCUUCGCUAACCCCACCCGUCCGGACAGACCCCCUCUGCCCCCCUCUCUGCUUCAUCGUCCUCUUCCUUUGAACCAGGAGAAGGAGAACACCGGCGCGUGCGCUUCCCGCCCAGCCGUCAGGUCCAAAACAGGCCGGCCUUCGCUGGAUGUCAAGUUCUCCGCCAUCAUCCAGCAGCUCCAGCGGAACAACGCCGGGGGCGUGGUGGCUCCAAGCCGGAAGAACGCCCCACUGGCUGUCCUCGACGUGCAGCCGCAGGGUCCGCCUCAGCCUUCGCUCCAGCAGUUUGACAUCCAGAACCACAGUGUCCAGAUGCCUGAGGAUGCGGCUGAUGAUGUGUUUGUCAGAGCCUACAGUGGUCCCGGUCCUGGUCCCGGUUCUGGGCCCAUUCCCGCACCACGCAGCAAACUGAGGAAGUCGCUCAGAGAGAGGAUGAAUCUCAAAGCUUUGUGAUCUCAACCCUGUUUUUCCCAAAAUCUUUUCACUUCCAGCCAGACGUUUUACACACCCUCAUCAUCAGCAUGAAUGCCGUAUCGAGCGGUUCUUUGACUUAAAAUUAAUAAAACAGAAAUGAUUUUCGAGGAAGAAUUGGGUGCAAAACUUUGAAUUUACUGUACGUUUUCUCUAAUUCACACAGGGCCAAAAUUACACAUGCAGAGUUAAAUUAUAUAGCUGCACCUCCAGUAAUAUUUGACUAAAUAUCCUGACAUGUUGAUAAGAAACCACACAAUAUCUGUUGUCAUUAUCACAUUUCUGCUGUUCUGAGUGGAUAUAUAAUAAGUUUUCUUAUCAGAGAUCCACAAAUUGCUACCUGCUAACCAAGGCCCAGCUUUUCACCACAUAAUAGUGAAAAUGAGUUUAGAUGGACUGGAGAAAAUCUACAACAAAUUCAAACUUGUUCACCUCAACAUUGUUUUCAAAAUCAACUUUCACCAAGAAUGGUUCAAAUGAAAAGCUGAGGAGGUGAAGACUCAUGCUUGUGAACUGGCAGGUAGAAAUGUAUUUGUUUAAAUUGUGUGUCUGAAGCUCAUCACUUGCACAAAUAACUGUGAUAAAACCACUUUAUCUGAUUCAAGUAGCAUUAUUAAAAUCAGACAUUUUUGUUGCAUCUCAGUUAAGACUAUUUCGUAUGAUGUGAUUAUCUUUUAUAAACUAACGGUGAACUAGCUGUGUACCGUUGAAACUAUAUACCGUAUUCACUAGAAUUAACAGAUAAACCUUUAUAAAAAUGUUUGAUGGAGUAAAAAAAAAAAAAAAAGUAGUCAUUAAUGUUAGGUAUACAUCUGAAAUUUGUUAAAGAAUUCAAAUCUACAGAUUAAGAUGCAUAAAGGGGAAAGAUGCAUUUUUUUUGUUUUUAUGGGUGGAUUUUUUUAGUUUAACCAGGAAGUGGCUGUCAGGAAUUAAAACUUUUUCCCAUCGGUGCGUGAAUACUGUUGGAACAUUACUAGGUGGCGCUAGCAUCAAAACCCUUUUGUGAGGAAGUUUUUACCAGAGAAGACGACUAAAAUUUGGCAACUUUUGUUUCAUGUGGAGUGUUUAAAAAUGAGGUCAGAAGAACUAGAUUAGAUGUCGGAAGCUAUUUAAAAUGAAGCUACAUUUUCAGUGACAAGUCUACGGUUUAUUUGUGCUCCUAGAAAGUCGGAUGGUUGCGCAAGUCACUUUUUGUUUUUACUUUAAACUGUCAACUUUGCCUAAUUUGCAAGAUGUUGGUCUUUUAAAGUCUUUUAAAAUGCUCAGCAAUAAGAAAAGAAUACCGUUAUGUAAGGAAUAUGCAGAGAUUGCUGCUUGCAUUUAAUGAGGCUAUUUAUUCUAAACACUAACAUGCAAAGGGUUAAAAAAAAUUCACCUCAUGACUGUUUUGUUCUAAAAGAAACUGUAAAAUUACAAUUGACAGUGACUCCUGUUGCGUUAUUAUAUACAGCAGUAUAUAAGACUACUGUAUAGUUCCACUGUAGGAACUACAGUAUAUUAUAGUUCUUACAGUGAAACUAGAACUGCCUGAUAUUUGUCAGUGGGGUUAAAGCUUUGCAAAAAUUGUCAAACAAAACUGAUUAUUGCUUCUGAUUAAACUCCUGAAUUCUAACAUUAAUAUAAACACCAUCAAAUGAUCAAUCUACUAAUACAACACACCGUACAGGUCCUGAGUCAUAACAUUACCACCUAAAUCUCACCGCCAUUUAGGUGCUGCACUGAUGGAUCUACUGCUUUACUUUGUUCUUUCUUGUGGCUAACCCCACAUGUGAGACGGCAUGCUUCGGUUGAACUAAAAUAGAAAGCUUUCCCUCAGGUCUAGAACAUGAAAAGUUUCACAAAUGCACUUAAUUUAAGUUGAUCCAUCUGGGUGACGGGGGACAAGCCUGUGCCUUUGGAGUUAUUGACGUCCUCCACUUACUGUGACAACUUUAUGACCACUGCAGCUCGCUUUAAGGAAAGGCAAAUUGUAAGCUAGUAAUGUGACUUCUCUAUCCCCCCUCGAGGUCUUUAAUAGAGUAACCUUGUUUUUUAGUGGCUACGUCUAACAUAAUUUAACAUAGCAGCCAAUAAAUGCUCUGAACAUAAUUGAAUGAAUGGGCCUUUUGAGUGGCCUGAAUAAUGAAUGUCCUUGUGCACUUGUUUUGAACAUGCCCAGUACUACAAGCCCCUAAAUAUUCCAGCCACUUAAUGGCAUUGUGUUGAAGAAUGGACGUCGUAAUUACAUGCGGAGUACAAAACAUGGCUGAAACUACCUGAAAACAUGAGGCAGAACGGGGGGGAAAGCUAUAGAAGCUAUUUUCUUUCUCCUGUUAUCCUGCAAAUUCAUUUAAAUAAUACAGAAAGGUUAAAGCUUUAGGAGGCAAAAGGGAAUGCGGUUCAUUAUUUAGCAAUUUGCCAGAUGUAUCUUAUGUUUACUGUGAAUCACCUGAUGGUUUCUGUACUGUGCAUUCUUGAAAAACAUUUUAUUUUAUUUGUCUUUACUUCAGAAUCAAACUUUUUGGAACAAAAGAAAAACUGAUAGAUUUCUGCAUUAUUUUUUUACAAAAUUUGCUGCAUGGGCAGCGCGAGUGCUGGAAUGCUACUUGUAUCAAAAAUAGUUGUAGUAAAGGAGUACAGCUAAUUGAAAAAGUAGUUUUUAACUAUGAUGACUGCAAUAACAAAAGUGAAUAUUAGUUUAUUCUUGUCUGACUGAAAUUUGUCUUUACAAAUGUCAUUUUUAUACUUCUUUUUGUAUCAGUAGGUAUACGGACACAUCAAUCUUACAUUAGCAGUUUAUAGUUUCCAUGCGAUACAAAAUUAUAUUUAGAUCAUAGAUAUCGUUUCUCAGAAAGUGCAAUUGUUUCUCACUGUUGUCUUGGAAGCUAUAACCUUGUUUGUUUUUUUUUUUUAAAUUACUGCUGAUCUCCAAUAAAACGACCUACAUUCCACUCCAA